AUGCUCGACCGCGUUCAACAAUUCCUGCAUGGUCUUGUUGGCCAUGCACCAGGUGGCCAAACAUCUCCUGUUCAGCCUUCCGAUGAUACAGAGGACUUUGUCCUCUGUAUCAAUCCAAGUGAUAUCCACCGGGAAACCAGCUACCCAACCGCCUCGAGUGGUUUGGGAGAUGUUUACAAGUGUAAAUGGAACCGUGGCGCAAGCUCUGAUGAGGUGGCAGUCAAAUCCCCACGAUUCCCGAGUCUAAGUGAUCUUGAAAUUGUCAAAAUCAACAAGAACCUUGACCGCGAGAUCCGUAUAUGGGCCGCGUUAAAGCAUCAAUAUGUAUUGCCCUUACAUGGCACUGUAGAGCAGUUCAGCCCAUUUCGCGCAUUGGUUUCCCCCUGGAUGCCCAACGGGACUUUGGACUCUUACCUUAAGCAUGCACAUGAGACCCUCUCGAUGAUAGAUAGGCUUCGGCUGCUUGAACAAAUUACUGAGGGGCUCCGGUAUCUCCACGACCACAACGUCAUACACGGCGACCUCACCAACAGUAAUGUUCUGGUUGCUGCCGACGGGUCCCCUCGUCUUGCAGAUUUUGGUAUCUCCAAUAUCAUGGUGCAAUCCAACCCUGCCUUUUCUUACCACACCGGUGCAGUACGUUGGGUCGCUCCAGAGCUUCUUGACCCCCCAGAAGAGCAACCCAUACAAUGCGCAACGAUAUCCACUGACAUAUACGCUCUCGGUGGUAUCAUGCUUCAGGUCCUAUAUGGGAAAAAGCCUUACUGGUGGCUGAAGUCUGCCAUGCACGUUACUUCUGCUAAGCUCAAACGCACAGAGCCCGUUGACUCCUCCAUCGAAAUCCAGCCUAAUCACCUGAAAUUCAUGCGGCGGUGCUGGUCAACGGAGAGUGAGCUUCGGCCGUCAGUAGAAGAGGUAAUAAAUUAUCUUCAAGAAGCACUGUUGAAUGAGACCUCGUUUGUAUAA